UACCCUGAAACAUAUUUCCAAGCUUCAUUUCAACCUUUUUCUCAAGCAAAAACGAAGCACCCCAUUUUCUGCCGCCGAUAUCUAUCUCCGACGACGGUUUUUGAUAUCUUUUCAAUUACUACUAUUUUUCUAUAUCAAGUUUUGAGUUCGCUUCGUGUUGGACUAAUCGGCUCAACUAAAAUUAUCUUGCUUGAAACUCCUGGUGAAAGACUGCCAUUUAGCAUAAGUCAUGGUGGGCUGGCACCGUCAUGUAAAAUCUAUACUUCGACAGGUUGGAAAGAGAGUGGAAAACAGUUGUCAGGCUCAUGCUAACUUUUCCAGUUCUCCAUUGAAGUUCUCCCCACUUCAAGGUUUGCCACCUCAUUUACACGGGCUUUCGGUUCCAUAUACAAAUGUGUCAAGACCAUUAUAUCACUAUUUCCAGCAAUUGGGAUUUACUAGUACUAGAAGCUUGCUUUCAUCUGAAGCAGUCCCAGGUCCAUCUCCUUUGACACCACAACUUGCUAUAGGCAGCGGUCAAGCUGAAGCUGAAAAGGCUGUCUCUAAACCGUCAAAAGUCCAGGCGAUUCUUAAAAACAUAAAACAGAGUCCGAAGAAGGUGAACUUGGUUGCUACAUUGGUACGUGGCAUGCGUGUUGAGGAUGCAUUACUGCAGUUGCAGCUGACAGUAAAGCGUGCAUCAAAAACUGUCUACCAGGUUAUCCAUUCAGCACGGGCAAAUGCCACACACAAUUAUGGAUUCGAGGCAGAUCGUCUAAUUGUUGCGGAAGCAUUCGUUGGUAAGGGAUUUUUCAAGAAAAGGGUAUCAUAUCAUGCAAAAGGAAGAAGCGGAGUGAGAGUGAAACCCGAAUGUAGACUGACAGUUGUUCUUAGAGAAAUAACCCCAGAAGAGGAAGCAGAAAUAGCCAGACUAAAAGUCCACAACUUCAAGAAACUCACAAAGCGAGAAAGACGGCUUGUACCUCAUCAGCUUAUCGAGACAACCCCAGUUUGGAACCGUAAAGGUAAAGCCAGAAAUCAUGAAGAUCAAGCAGGUGCUAUGGCUGCAUAAGAUUCAUCUUAUGAAGAAUAACAUGUUAGGACCUUGAAACGAUAGUUCCUGUUUUAAUGUUCGAAAUCUUGUGAUUUUGUGGCAAUGGUGGUAAGGUGGUGACAUUGUAAAACAAAAUGUUAGAUGUGGUCUAGUUUGAGUACUUCAGAAGUUAUGGUGUUUAUUUCAAUGAUAAGUAAACUUCAGUCGCUGGAUAUUAAAUAAUGAGGAAUUUUGAAAUUAAUUUAUUAAAAACUGAAAGUUGUGAAUC